AUGGACUCUAAGUUCAUUAGUUACCAUAUAAGGAAUCUUGUUGAGAUAGAUUUAUCCAUAAAAGUUCGACAUCUGAUUGAGGUUAUCAAACAACAAUUUCAUUUCACAAUCUCAUAUAAGAAGGCUUGGCUCGCAAAACAAAAGGCAAUAGCUCAUGUAUUUGGUGAUUGGGAUGAAUCUUUCCAAAUACUCCCACACUUUAUGCAAGCAAUGAAGGAAGCUAAUCCAGGGACUAUUGUUCACUUUGAUGACCAUCGAACUGCUGAUCCCAAGUUUGAGAUGUUCCAAAGAGUAUUCUGGGCAUUUGGACCCUCCAUACAAGGUUUCCAGCAUUGUCGGCCCCUUAUAACCAUUGAUGGGACCCAUUUGUAUGCUGAAAAUGGUGACAGUUGGCCAUGGUUCAUGGCAUGUAUUAGGAGAUUUGUGACACAACGAAUUGGCCUGUGUGUACUUUCAGACCGACAUUUGGGUAUUAUGAAAGCUAUGAAGGAAGAUAAUAGCGGUUGGACUAAGCCAUAUGCAUACCAUAGGUUUUGCAUUCGCCACUUGACUUCAAAUGUCAACACGGAAUUCAAGAACAGAGAGUUGAAAAACAAAGUUGGUUGGACAGCUUUCCAGCAUCAAAAGAAGAAAUUUUAUCACGGUUUGAAUAUGAUAACAAAGAUGAAUGAAAAAGCUCUGAAUAUGGGAAAGAUCGAUGAUUCAAAGUGGUCACUUUGUCAUGAUGGAGGCUACAGAUAUGGCCUCAAAACAACUAACUUAGCGGAAGUGUUCAACAAUGUGCUUAAGGGAGCUCGCUUCUUACCAAUCACGGCACUCGUGAAGCUUACUUUCUUUCGAGCUAACACAUACUUUGUGGAGCGACACCGAUUGUCAAAAAAAAGGUUGUUAGAUGGUCAUGCAUAUAGUGUAAAGAUAACUAAGGACUUGGAUGCUAAUACAGAAAAAGCUAUGCACCAUAAGGUUGAUAUGUUUCAUCACGAACAAGGCAUUUAUCAAGUUACAAUAGGCCGUGGUAGUAGGAGUGAUAGAAAGGGUGGUCAUUCCACACCGUGA